AUGGUGGCGCGAUGCCUGGAGGUAACCGUGGGAUCGACGUCAGGGCUCAAGGACAGCAAGUCCACCACCAAGUCCGAUCCCUACGCCGUACUGCGCCUCGGCUCCCAGCAGCACCGCACGCACACAUCAUGCUCGCAGAUCUCGCGCCCCGUCUGGAACCACCGCUUCAGUUUCCUCCUCCCGGAAGACGGCCAGGGGCCCAUGGAUCUGCACGUGCAGUUCUGGGACAAGGCGGACGCGGGCGAUCGCAUUCUCGGGUCGUGCAAGCUCAACCUGUCUCCGGUUUUCGCGGACGGCCAUUUAGACGUCAUGCAGCCCGUGCACCGCCGCAACGGCAAGCUGCUGGGCCACGUGCGCCUGCACCUCUCGCUCCUCGUCGAGUCCUCCCCGCCCUCCCCGCCCCGCCCGCGGAGUAACUCCGCCUCCCGCUCCGCCGCCGGGGCCGCCGCGGAGCGCGAGGCGUCGGAAGCCGCCACUGUUUCCCCUUCUCCCGCGCGCCUGGGGCCUUCCGCUGCAGCUCUUGCGGGGCAGGGUUCCGCGGGCGGCGGGGGAGCGGUAAGGGGAGGGGGAGGGGGGCGGGGAGGCUCUCCCGCAGCGUCGUCCAUCCGCUCGUACUUGCCCACGGGCUCCGCCGUCUCCCCCCUGCCCUUGCGCCUCAGGAGCCCCGACGCGGACAUCAACGAUGGGCGCUUCUCUUCCCCCGCGCAGCCUGCGCGGGAGCAUUCCGCGCUCUCGGGGAUGUCUGGAUCCGCCCUAGGGGGAGGCGGCGGUGGAGGGGGAGCGCUUUCCCGCUCCCCGUGCCCGUCCAGUCUCUCCGCGCCAGCUGCGCCUUUCCCCCUUUCCUCCCUGGCGGCAUCGUCCCAUCACCAGGCGCAGCAGCAACCGCGCCCGUCCUCCGUCUCCUCGUCAACUUCCGCCGCGCUUUCCGCAGCAAUCGCCGCCGCCGCCGCCUCCGCCGCGGCCGGAAACCCCCUGGAUGCGAAUACGCGGAAGCUCCUGGCGCGGCUGUUGGGCUCGCGCCUAGGAUCCGCCGCAGGGGGGCUAUCUGGGGGACUUGCGGGGCUGGCAAGGGGGAGCGGAGGGGGAAAUGGGGUAAUGGAAGGAAGCAGAAGCACGGAUGCCCUCGCAAGUGUACUUGAAGGAGGGGGCGCGGGGGGAGUGGCGCAUAGCGGACUGCUGGGUGCGCUUGACCUGCAGAGGCGCACCAGUGGGGGCGGGGGGAGCGGUGUGGGCGGGAUUGGCGCAGCGGGAGGUCAAGCUCUUGGCGGAAGCGGGCGCGACGGGCUUAGGGAGGGCGGAAGCGCCAGCGUUGGCGCAAGUAUCAGCGCAAGCGCGAGCGGAAGCGGGGCCCCGCGGAGGGUGCUGGGGGGAGGGAUAGAUGCGGGCGUGCUUGCGGCACUGCUAAAGGCGGGGGGAGUUUCCGCCUUAUCGGGGAUAGCGCACAGGCAGAGCGUCAGCGGAAGCGCCAUAUUCAUCAUGCCAUCGCCCCUGAUGUCGCCCACGCUGCUCUUCUCCCCGCUCUUCCCCACCUCUGGUGCCGACACCAUUUUCUCCCCUGCCACCCCAUUCUUUCACUCCUCCUUUGCCCCCACGCCCUCUGCCCGCCGCCACGCUCGCAGUCUGGGAGCUAUUCCUGAGGGACUGGCGGAGGGUGGGGGUGGAGGGGGAGGGCGAGGGGGCAAAGGAGGAAAUGGUGAUGGUGAUGCUGGUGGAGAUGGUGGUGAUGAUGGUGGUGACGAUGGUGGUGGUGCCGGUGGCGCUCCGUUCUCGCCGAUUGUUGCGGGAAGCAGGGAGGGUGAAGAGGACAGUUUUGUUCAGGGGCACGAUGGAGAGGGGCAUGAUGGGGAGGGGCACAAUGGGGAGGGGCAUGAUGAGGAGGGGAUGGUAGGGAAUUUGCGCAGUGGAGGGUGUAGCAACGAGGGUCAGAGCAGCGGAGGUGAUGCGAGGAACAUUGCAGGUGGGACCGAAGCUGAUGGGUGCAGUGACGGGUGGAGACAGGGGGAUGAAGCAGCAGCAGCAGCAGCUCCAGCAGCAGGAGGAGGAGGCAGGGCGAGUGGAGGAAAUGGAGGGAAUGGUGACGUGAGGGAGUCUGCUGGUAACGGCUGCACUCCUGUGGAGGGGUCAGGCGGGGUGGCAGGAGAAGAAGCAGGAGAGGCAGAGGGUGGAGCAGGCAACAGGCAUAAGGAUGGCAUGUGUGUUGGUGAGCGUGGCACAGACCAUCCAAUGGCAGGUGCUGGUGGGGAUGGUGGCUGCGUGGAGAGGAGUGAAGGAGUCCCCGGCUGGCGGGGACAACCCCAAGCGCAUUCGAUGCUGAUUGCAACCACCUCUUGCUCUCCUGGCCUCUGCUUCUCUCAAGUGCCAUGUAUCAUGGGAAAUGCCGUGUGUCAGUCACGGUCAAUGCCAUGCCAUCACCCAAGCUUCCCUCAAGAGUCAGUCCUCUUACACGCAUCUCUCCUCCACUCCACCACACCUGGUCUUCGAUCUGCUAUCUUCCAUUGA